CACCACUACCAGACAGACAAAACAUAAUGUUGAUUUUUAUAACAUUCAUUAUGCUCAGUGUUUGGGCAACAAUGGCAGAUGAUUUAUUUUCACCAAAUAUAAACAUCCUUGAAGAACUGGGAAAGAUUAAAACCAUGGAAACAAAGAUGAAAUCCCUGGAGAAGGAAAUUGAGCGACUAAAAACCGAAAAUGCAGCACAAGUAAAGAAACUGGAAGACAAACAGAUCCACAUUGAUCAACUACUUCAAAAAAGUGAAGGGCAAGCAAAAGACUUGAACACAUUGCGUUCAACAACAACUGACAUAACAAUGAAAAUGGAUAGUUUAAUAAAACAAAACGAAGUUCCAAAAGUGGCUUUCUCUGUUUCUCUGGCGUCCGUUGUUGGACCACACAGCAGUUUGCAUGGCUUGAUUUACAAACACAUCUUCCUCAAUAGCGGAGAUGCCUAUGAUUCAAACACAGGAAUCUUUACAGCACCCAUAAAGGGGGUUUAUGCGUUCUGGCUCUUCUCCAAGGCCUAUGGAAGUCCAGAUAAAGCAGUCGUUGCAGGCCUGUUUAAAAAUGGACAGCAUGAAAUUUCAACAUACGCACGGCAAAGCGGUGGUUUUGUUGGUUCUUCAAAUGGAGUUUCUUUGUUGUUGGAGAAGGGAGAUAAAGUUAAUGUGAAUCUGUAUUCUGGACACUGGAUUUUUGACAAUGAACACCAUCACAGCACAUUUAGUGGACAUCUGCUUUUCCCCAUGUGAAUAGAAAAUACUCACCAGCACCUUUAUGUGUAUUCAAUAAUGUUUAAUGCUCAAUCAGCAGCACUGGUCUGUUUUAUGCAGUUUAGACACGAGACUGGAUUUACUAGCUAAACCUUAACUUUUUAACCCUCAAUUUUUGUUUUCACCAUGAUGCAAUCAGAUCCUAAAUCCUAAAGCUUUUGUACAACAGUUUGUAAUGUCACUCGCAUGAGUGUUAUCUUAAGAUCUGCUUUUGAUCUGUUGUGUUUGUACUUGUGUGAAUGGAGAACAUCUACUUUAACUAAAUAAAUUGAAUUUGUCUAUGGUUUACUAAUGCUCGGUGAAGCUAGAAAAUAAAAUUCAGUCCAAAAGACGCAUGUUACAUGUCAUUUGGAUUGUUUGUUCUCUACCUGAAACAAUUUUUUAUUUUUAAUUUAGGCAUAAUUUCCACAUACAUUUGACUUUUCUCUCCUUUAGCUCAAUGCUGUAAUGCCAUUGUUAAAUGUUUCAAUGUACAUCCCUAUUUUGUAUGUUUUGUAUUGUAAAACAAUGUACAUUAAUUUGAGAGUAGACACUCACUAAUGUGAAGAGACAAGGUCUUUUGGGGAAAAAGGUGAUCUUCAGUUGAUAUCUGUAAAAUGUAGAUUUUUGUAACAGUCAUAAUGCCCAAUAGAUGGGUUACAAUGGCAGAUGAUUUGUAAGUUACCAAGAAUAAAUGAAAUUGAAGAAUUAGGAAA